AGUAACUCCGUCUCCUACAGACCCACGUUGUUGUGUGAGUUACGAUUUAAUGUUUACUUCAUACCGUUUAAUUCUUUUUUUAUAAGCAUCACAAUUUUAAUAGAGGUCUUGUUUAAUCUAGGGUAAAAAAACAUUCAUUUUAAUAUAUUAAAAAAUAUUUAUGAAUAAGUUCAUUUCAAAGUAAAAAUAUAUAUGUAUGUAUAUAUAAAUAUAUAAAUCAGAUCCACCAAGUGUGAGAAGUCUAACAGUGAAUGGUCUUCACAGAGAAAUAUUAUACGUGAGUAAAAAUACCAAACUGCUGCUGACCUGUGCAGGGGAUGGGUUUCCACAACCUAAUCAGAAACUUUACAAUGGACCCUUAUUACUUCGAGAGAAACCAGCGACACAAGGAGUGCUUUAUUUAUCUCACACGAUGACAUGUCAAAGUUUUAACCUGUUUACUUGUUCGGCUUCUCAAAACGGAAACAAUUCUACUAAAAAUAUGACGGUAUAUGCUAUGUGUAAGUACAAAAAUAUCUGCAUGAAAUAAUUUUUUUUAUUAUUUAAUUUAUAUCGAUGUAAAGUGUGUUUUUUAGGGUGAAAAAGAUAACAAAGUUUGUUUUAAAAUUAUUCUUCCACUUUCUAAAUGUAUGAAAUAAAUUAAUGUACAGUGGGUCCCGCAUAAUGAAUUUAAUCCGUAAACGGUGCGUUCAUUAUAUGGUUGUAUAUUUCUCAUAGGUUCCCAUGAUAAAAAUAAUAAUUAAAACUAUAAUAAUAAUUUUUGCGACGCAAAAUAAAAAAAAAAAGAAAGGAGGAAUGAAUCUGUUUUUUUUUAAAAAUGUAACUUAAAAAUAAUUUCCAAGCUGGCAAUUCGGGUAUCGACAAGGAGGAUUUGGAAGAGGUUACUGUAAAUUUUGCAAACUUUUAAAAUUUACACAUUGUACAUACAUUCACUGUGUUCUCGUAAUAUUGUAUUUUUUUAAUAAGAGGAAUACAUUGUUAAAAAAAUAGUGUAACAAAACAUACACAUACAUGCCAGCAAACAAAAAAACACAAUUUAAACACACACAAAAACAACACAAACUCAACAUUAAAAACACACAGGAAUACCACUUACUCCUGUUCAUCUCCAGAAUUGCUUAUGGUGAGCAGAGAAAUCUAUUUGAACGCUCGGGUGUUUAGAUUUACAUUUUUUUAUAUAUAUUUCUCCCCAUCGACGAGAGCUAUAGUGUUUCGUUAUACGAAUCGCCGUUCUCUAUGCGAAUAAUUUCUGGGUGAACGUCCGCUAUAGUUGUGCGGAUUUUCGUUAUUAUUGGCGCUAAUUAUUUAUUUAUUUAGGCAUUUUUAUAUAGCGCUUACCUUAAAGCUCUAAGCGCUUUACAAUUAUUAAAAACAUGUAAACUAAGUAAAAUAAAAAAUGAAAAACCAGAGAAAUGCGUGGACUCACCAAAACUAAAACUAAAUAAUUAACAUUUUAAUCACCACUAAGAAGUAAAAAAAAGUAAACAAUAAUUUAGUUAGAAAUUUAUUUAUUCAACUUCAAGCACAUUUAAGUAUGCUAAAUUAAUUAAUACAUUACAUUGUAUAUUUUAUUUUUCAAUUUUCAACCCUUAUGAAACUUUUUUUGUUAACAAAAUGGUUAUCAUUACAAUUGAAGUUUUUAAUAAUGAUUUUUUUUUCAAUCUAAGUUUUAACAUAAUGCAAUACAUUUCAAUCAGGUCCUCCCCAGUUAACCAAAGAAAGCAAGGCCACGCUUGUUGUUGACGCAGAACUAUACAAACAAAUUUCAAUAGCUCUUGAAAUAUAUGGCUAUCCUGAGCCAAAGAAAUACACAAUUGUUAAAAAUGGUGCCCUCGUUACACAUUUUUAUUUUGUAGUUCAUGGAAGCACCAGUAGUUAUCUAUACAAUAUCGCAUAUACAUUAACUAUCUCACCGUAUGGACUUGUGAACUUGAGCUUUGUGAUUCUAGACCACUCUGAUUUUACGACUUACAUCUUAAUCGUUGACAAUAAUGGAAGCCAGGCUCUUAAUUACACCUUUCUAGUGCAAGAAGGUAACACAUUCAUAUAAUAAUUAAAUUAUCAUUACAAAAUGUUAUUGUAAUUAUCAUUGAAUAAAUAAGAGGUUUGUGUAUUUGAUUACGACACAAAAUGUAAAUAAAAUAUUAAAGAAACUAUUCAUACACUUAAACACUUUGAACUAAAUACUCAUUUAAGUUUGUUUGUUUUAAGACACAUGGCUCACUCAAAAAAAAUGUUUGAGUGUGAGGGAGGUGUGUGUCGUAUCAUCAACUUAACUGUAUUGCAUAACGCCAUAAUUAAAAAUAAAUUCAAUGACUAUUCAAUGCAAAGCUAAAAUAAACGAACAUUGACGACACCUCAAAAAGUAAAACUUAUCAUAAGUUUUAUUUUGUUCAUGUUUUUAAAAUUAAAAAAAAAAACAAUGUUGAUAUAUAACCAGAAGAUAUUAAUUUUCAUCAAUGCAUUUUUUUUUUUAUUUUCUAAAUACAGCAGUAACAGUCAGUAGCUUUCAUAUUUGGAAAUUGAUACUUCUUUUAGCGAUCAUUUGUGCAAGCGCGUUCCUUGGCGUGGCUAUAGUAUGUAGAGUAAAGCAAUAUAAACGUAAAAACCCUGGUGAGUUAAGGAUUGAUUUUUAAAUAUGAUGUCUUUUGUUAUCUCUCAAAAAUUUCUAGUGACCCCGCAAAGCAUGCCAUGCAUGUGGGAAUGUAGCUCUAAACAGGCUCCUAGGGUGUUAUCACAAGACUAAUCGAUAGGGGCAAUCAUGGGUAUCAGAGAAAAAUUAUGAUUUUGGAGAAUUGUAUGAUUGACAUGUAUACACUGGGCAUCUUACAUAAGUUAUUUAUUAAAGUUCAGAGCAAUUAAAACAUAAAUUAAUAUUUCAAAUUACAUUUUUUAUUUAGCUUUAUUAUUUUUUAAGUCAUAUAUGUAUAUAUAUAUCUAUCUCUGUCUAUUUUUCAAAGUAUAUUUGGAUAAAUAAAUUUGUUUUAUAAAUAAAAUUAGAUUAUAAGGACAUUGUGUGGGGUUCAAACUAUAGUUUUAUCUCGAGUUUAAGGCAUCUAUUACUUUGAUUUUCACUUUUCAGUACUUUACGAUAAACCAAUGUCCCGGAAAAUACACGAUUUAGAAGAAAGAUCAACACAAGAUGAUACACACACUGGGUACUUGAAAGUCAUUGACAGAACAAGCGAUGAAGGCCAGGAGUAUCCAGAUAACGCAAACAUUCAACAAGAGACUCGUCAUUAUGAAUUAAUAGACAACGUGAUAUGAAAAAAAGCUUAAAAUUUAGAGUUAAAUAUCUUAAGGGAAGAUCUAUCAUAUCUGAUACUUCAUCAGAUAUCAGAUUGUAAAUUAAAAUUAAAUAUCAAUAGAUCAAAGUUCAACAGGUGUAGUGUAUGUUAAAGUUUAAAUUCCAACUAAAACAGAUCUGAAUGGACAGGCAUGGGCACGGCUUGUGCUCAUGGGUUUAACAAAACUCGUUCAUAUCACUAAAAGUUAUUCAAAGUUUUACGUUUAUAAAUAAAUGUACAACGUAUACAUGCAUUUUUCGUAAAAAAAUUAGUUUAUAAUGAC